UUCUAUAUCUGACUCACCAUAAGGUGGAGCAGCAGCCUGUAAAAACAUCAGCAAGAUAAAAUUCUUGUCAACUUAAAUCCGGAAUCGUGUUUGACUUGUAGACAACUGGGCUAAUGUAUUUUUCUCCCCUCAGCUCGUGUGAAGCUGUGUAAACUUAGACCGCCACAAGACUGGAAAGAGAGGGAGGAGAGGAAAACAAGGGGAAAGACUUGUGUGUGUGUCUGUGUGUGUGUGUGUCUGGAAGUGGAACUGGGCAGCAGGGAGGAGGAAUGUGAAACAUUUCUGAUGCCGGUCCAGUGGCUGUUUACACGGUAGUCAGACUGUGACAUCAGAGUCCAGACUUUAUAAAUGUCAGCAGGCGCAAGAAUGAUCAGUUAGAGAACUGCGUCACACAGGUCAGUGAGAGAGACGGAGCUCCAUCAGCAACGAACACAAGCCCCCAUGGAUCAACUGCUGUGUGACUGUGUGAUAGCUCUGGCUGGACUGCUGUGUGUGACUACACAGGUGUUCUGCCAGCUGUGUGACAGGCCCUGCCUUUGCCCCACUUCUGUGCCCCGGUGUCCCUCAGGAGUCCCACUGGUGUUGGAUGGCUGCCGCUGCUGCCAGGUGUGUGCCCGCCAGCGGGCCGAGCCCUGCACCGAGAUGUUUCCCUGCGACAGCCAGAGAGGACUGCAGUGCGACUACAGCGCCAGCUUCCCCGGAGACCCCGGGGAGUGUGUCAGUCAGGAGGAUCUGCGCUGCGAAGUCAACGGCAUAACUUACCGUGACGGACAGUCCUUUCAGCCCUCCUGUGACACUCACUGCCACUGCAGAGGCGGAGGGGUGAGCUGUGUGCCAGCCUGUCCUCUAAAUGUCCGUCUUCCCACUCCGGACUGUCCCAACCCACAACACAUCCGGCUACCAGGGAAAUGCUGCAAGGAAUGGGUGUGUGAAAACCUGGAGAACACAGUCAUUCAGGACGCCAUCACAGCCAUGAGACACGGCAGGUUGCCAGCUCUCCCAUUGGAUCACCCUUUAAACAAACUGGUCCCACCCGCCUCCACCUGUACAGCACAGAGCACCCAGUGGAGCGCCUGUUCCCAGAGCUGCGGAGCUGGGGUCUCCACGCGGGUUUCUAACCAGAACCCAGCCUGCAAACUGCAAAUGGAAACUCGACUUUGUAAAGUGCGGCCUUGCAAUGCGGUUCGGCCAGUCCCAAGGAAACCCAUGUGGGGACGGGAGGGGCGGUGCAGGGCUAGCUACACGUCACCAGGGCCCAUCCGGCUGGUUCACCAGGGCUGUUACAGCACCCGGGCCUACCUGCUGCGGUACUGCGGACAGUGCACUGACUCCCGCUGCUGCACGCCUUAUCAGAGCACCACGGCGGAGGUGACCUUCCGCUGCCCCACAGGCAGACUGCUGCAGCGAGCUGUGAUGAUGAUCCACUCGUGUGUUUGUCACCACAACUGCCCCUACUCUCCUUACAGUAACCCUGCUCUGUGGGGAUACAGGCCCUGAUGACCCCAAACAGUAAGACUUCACUGAUUCGUAUCGCACAGGCUCCCUCUGAUCAAUGUGCCUUGGGAGACAAAACGAUAAAUGUUGAUAAAAACUGUCACUGAUUUGGGAUGAACGUUGAUCUUCACACAUGUAAAAUCUCAAACUGCACUUAUUCGAAACUCCUUUAUACCACACAUUUUGAAGCCAUUAUACUGGUGGCUUUGACCCUAUUUGAAAUUAUUUGGCAAAUGUAGAAAAAGUAAUUUACAGUAUUUAGCACUUUUCAACACAGACGUUGCUUUAGAGUAACAAGAAAAAGGGGAAGAGAGGAGACAGAAAAGACAGAGAAGACACUAUAAAAAACAAGGAGAAAUAAGUGUAUAACCCCUAAAAGAAAAAGGUACAAUCAACAAGAUGUUUUUAAGAAAGAUGUGCACUGAUUUCCCCUCUGAGACUUUCCCUCCUAGAGGUCAGAGGCCACAGCAAACCCUGUAUCAAUCAUCUAAUGCCAGUUGCAUGCAAAAAGUGGCAUUUUUAAAUCAAUCCUCAAAAUGAUAGGGAGCCAAGAGAGUCACCAACCCUGGUGUCAUGUGUGGUUUAUAAUUAGUUUUUGUUAAAAGUAUUUGCAACAAUUAUCUGUUGCAAAAGAGAAAAUAUGCUGAGGCUCCUUAACAAAACUACCCAGUAGUUGAUGCCGGAUACAAUCAAAUCAUGGUUGACUUUUUCCAACUCUUUUGGCUCAUUCGGAGCUCACAAUUUAGGUUGAGAUCAUCAACAAAACAUUUUUUUUAUGCUGGGUUAAAAAGAAAUCUAGGCAGGUGGGCCUAGUAAAUUUGUGUAAUUCUGCAUUACUGUAUUUGGGCAAAGAAAAUCAUUUCUUGUAAAUCAAAUACAGUUUUUUCCCCCUAAAAGACCAACGUUAUGACUUGAGGACUGUUGGCCAUAAUGUUAAUUUGGUCAUAAAGAAAUAUUUACACUGCUUACCAGCAACAUAUGUUUUAAGAGCAAAUUUGAAUGUCUUAAAAAUGUGUUUGUGUGGUAGAAGGUUCUCCCACAGAAUGACUCCAACCUUUGUGUUGACAGAUAGUUUUCUGACGUGAUGCAGUGCAACUCUUAUGUUUUAUGUGUGUGUUUGUAGUUUUGCGACAUUGCACUUAUUUCUUUAUUUUCUGUUUUGUUGUAAAUAAUUCUGGGUGGAAUUCUCUUAUGUAUACUGAAAUAUGUCUCAAUACCUUACAUACAUCUUGCAUUUUUUUACUCUUAAUAAUUUUUGUUUUGUAUUUUUUUCAUAUGUUAGCGUUCACAGAUUGAUGUAGUCAUGCUGUACAUACUAGAGCUGUUCCCAACAUUUCACUUAAUUCAUCAUCAACUACUGUGCAGUGCGCUUCUUCCUUUUGUAAAUGAGCUGUUAUAUGUUAUGCUUAUAUAAAUGCACAGCACCACAGUAGUCAUUUUUUUUUGUAUACCAUAACACAAAUUAAGCCAAAUGAAUGGCAGGUAUUACUAUUAAUGGCCUUUUUUGUUUUUGAUGUCUGUACAGUUCUGAACAUAAGCAUGCACUGUCCCUCAGUCACUCCAGAUGAGACAUCCUGACAUCUUGUGGACAAAAUAAUCUACUGCUGGCUGGGGAUGAGGGCAUUGCAAUAGCUUUAUUUCUU